GGCCCCGGCCAGAUAAUGACUGUGAAGCUGAAAGUUGUAGGGCGGCGCAGGCCGUGUGUGGGGCGCUAUAUAAGCUAUCCACUGCCAUCACUCGUCAGUUAUACUCAGUAUAAUCCAUCAACAACUAUCAACAUGAUCAAGAUCGCUCUCGUCGUUCUCCUGGUGGUGGCCGCCGUUUCCGCCCAGUACGGAGGCAGCUCAUACGGUCACGGAGGUUCUUAUGGAGGCGGUUCUUAUGGAGGCGGUUCUUAUGGAGGUGGUUCUUAUGGAGGAGCUUCCUAUGGACACAGUGGUUCCUAUGGAAAGGGCGGUUCUUACGGACACGGAGGCUCCUAUGGUGGAGACUACGGAAAGGGAGCUUCUUCCUACCAGAACUUCCAUCUUGAGGUCGGACACCAGGUUCCCGUCAAGGUCCCUGCCUACCACAGCCAGCCUAGCUAUGGCUACCAGUCCGGUCAUUAUUGAACAACUAUGACCUGAUAUCAUCUUUCUUCUUCAUACGGCCAUCUAAAUUAUUUAUUUCACUUAUUUAAUAACUUAAAUUGGCACAUUAAAAUUUAUUUUCUAAAAAAA